AUGGCCUCGCAAACAAGCUACCGCGAAUUCACCAUCAAAGCGCCCGAGUUCGCCUACGCCCAGCUCGAGCUACACGCCGACGAGACCGCCGCGCCCGUCACGCUCGACGAGCUCUUUGUGCGGUCGUACUGCACCAACGCGCUGCGGCAGUACCUGGGGCUUACGGGCGCCGCCAUCCCGCUCGACAUCCUCAAGGUCGAGGGCCGCUGGUGCUGGCUGCGCAUGCCGCGCGACGACCUCAAGCCAUUUGCCGCGGCGCUGACGGCGUUCCGCGGGAGCGCGGGCGACGACGGCGACGCGCCGUGUCUGCUGAGGAUCAAGCAGUGCUCUGACUGGCUGGGCACCAUGGUGGGCGGCGAUGCGCUGGAGAAGCUGUGGCACGACUGA